GCUAUGCUGCUUUAUUGCAUGCAUCCGUGUCUUAAUGUUGUUUGUUUUGUAGUUUUCGUAUAUUAAUAUUGUAAUAUACCAAAUAAUAGAUCUGCAAUGGAUACAGUGUAUGUGAAGACAGAACCUUUAUGGGACGCACCGGCUGCUUGCUCGCCGUCCCCCCACGGGCAUAUCUCUGAAACUGAAUUGUUGAAGACCAACGCAUCGCGCAUUAAGGAGGAGACUGAUCAACAGGAACCUCAUAUUGACAUGAAGCGAGAGGAUAUUCACAUGAAGGAAGUCAAUGAGCUACCAGUGGUUAUUGAUGUGAAGCGGGUUAAAUACCAGAAAGACGAAGUUGUUGAUGUGAAAUUAGCCAUUGCCAUAGAAGAAGAGGUCAGUCAGAUAAAGCAAGAGGUUUACGUGAAGCAAGAAGUCAUCCCUAAUGAUGAUGAUAUCGACAUAAAGAUCACUAACAUGAAAAAAGAGGUCACUCACAUGGAACAAGACGUCAUGGACCUUCAUGAUGAAGUUAUUGACAUGAAGCUGAUCACUAAUAUGAAAGAGGUCGCUCACAUGAAACAAGAGUUGAACACAUGUGAUGAAGUUAAUGUGAAACAAGAUGUUGAACUGCAAGAUAAAGAUAUCAAUGUGAAUAAAGAUGUGAAACAGGAAGUCACUGAUUUGCAAAAGGUUAAAGAUACAAAGAAGGGGAUAUAUGUACAAGAAAAUAUGAAUGAUGCGAAGCAGAUUGGUCUGCAGAAGGCCGUGUGGAUCAAGAAAGAGGUAGAGGAGCUUUACUCGGAACACGAAGUGCGGGAGGAGCUGGUGCUAGGUCCUGCUGAAGUGCAGACGCGUGCACAAUCUACAACUCAAGAGACACACAGGAGAGGGACCACAGAAGACUUACUGGUCGUGGCGAGCGCUAGUAAAGCCCCAUACGAAUGCCGCGUCUGCUCGAGAGUGUGCAAGCAUCCGAGUGCCUUAAAGAUACACAUGCGAACACACACGAGGGAAAAACCUUUCUCAUGCAAAACAUGUAACAAACAAUUCGCAAUACACGACACUUUAGUGAAACACGAGCGCGUCCAUACCGGCGUUAAACCUUACUCCUGUAGCUCGUGUAUUAAACAGUUUGCACACAAAAGCGGUUUAAAGAUACAUGAACGAAUACACACCGGGGAGAAACCAUACGCGUGCACACUGUGUGACGAGAGCUUCACUAGUCUGGAUAAUUUGAAGAAUCAUAAAUUAAAACAUAUCGGUGAAAAGCCGUAUUUCUGCAGCGUGUGCGAAAAGAGGUUCACUAAGCGAAGUACAUUAAACAGUCACGAAAAAAUCCAUAAAGGAGAAAAACCACACUCGUGCAGUAUAUGUAAUAAAGAGUUUUUAAAACUUAGUAAUUUAAAGAUACACGAACGAAGUCACACAGGCGAAAAACCUUAUUCCUGCGGAAUGUGCGAAAAGAAGUUUGCACACCGCAGUCAUUUGAAGACUCACGAGCGUAUCCAUACCGGUGAAAAGUCGUAUUUUUGUGGAGUAUGUAACGAGACGUUUACUCAGCGCACUACUUUAAAAAAUCAUGAACGGAUCCAUACAGGGAAGAAGCCAUACUCUUGUGGAACAUGCGGCAAGAAGUUUGUUUACAGCGGCCAUUUAAAGGUUCAUGAGCGUAUUCACAGCGGGGAAAAACCUUAUUCCUGCGAAGUGUGUAAACAUAGCUUUAUUGAUAGCAGCUCUUUAAAGAGUCAUGUACGGAUUCACACCGGUGAAAAACCUUACUCCUGCGGUAUAUGUAUGAAAGAGUUUUCACGGUUGAAUACUUUAAAGGUUCACGCACGCACCCACACGGGUGAGAAACCAUUUUCAUGUGGGACGUGUGAGAAGACAUUCGCGCGCCGCUCCCUUUUACUUUGCCACGAGCGUGUACACAGCGGGGACAGGCCAUAUACCUGUGAUAUAUGUAAAAAGAGCUUUUCGCAACGGAAUACAUUAAUAAUUCAUGAAAGGAUUCACACAGGUGAAAAACCAUUCUCAUGCGAGAUGUGUGAGAAGAAGUUCACUAACCGCAGCGGUUUGAUGAGCCACAAGUGUGUACACACCGGUUAAAAAAACAUUUUUCUUGUGAAUAAUGUUAAGAAGGUAUUAAAAAACGUCAUUAUCAUCAUUUUAGCCUCCUGUCGCUCACUGCUGAACGUAGGCCUCUCUUAGUGUACGCUACUUAUCCCGUUACUAGUAAUUAAUUAGUAAUUUAUAAAUGUAAAAGUGGAAAAAUUACUGCUUUG